AUGUCCACUUCCGUCGGUGUCAACGUCCUCCGAUGGUCCGCCCUCGGAUUUGGCGUCUUCUACGGUGCCUACCACCAGCUCUCAUUAUCCGCUGCCGAUAGGGCAAAGGCCGCACAGAAGGACUGGGAGCACAAGGAGUCGUUGAUCAGGCAAGCAAAGCAACAAUGGGCACGGGACCACCCCUCAGAACAGCCAAAGUCAUCAGGCGCCAUCGCAGACCCGAAAGACCCCAACGCCGACCUCAACACACUCCUCGGCAUAACCGACAAAUAA